UUGGAGUUUGCUGCAGAGCCGCCCCCUCCCCACGGGGCGCUGACGUCACGGAAAAGCCCCGGCGCGGGCCCGCCCCUUUCGCUAUAAAGCGCGGCGGCGGCUGCGGGCGCGAACUGCGGUUUCUACGGGCACCAGCGCUCUGCCUCCAGGGAAGCACCGCGCGCGGACGCACCGGCCGGAGCACCGACCACUCUGAGGCGUGCGGACACCUACCGAGCCAAGAUCCAGCGAUGACUCUGAAUAAUGUCACCAUGCGCCAGGGCACUGUGGGCAUGCAGCCACAGCAGCAGCGCUGGAGCAUCCCUGCAGAUACCAGGCAUCUGAUGGUCCAGAAGGAGCCCCACCAGCACAACCGGCGCAACCGUUACUCUGCUGCCCCUGAGGACCACUGUCGCCGAAGCUGGUCCUCAGACUCCACAGAUUCAGUUAUCUCCUCUGAGUCAGGGAACACCUACUACCGGGUGGUACUGAUAGGGGAGCAGGGGGUAGGCAAGUCUACUCUGGCCAACAUCUUUGCAGGAGUGCAUGACAGCAUGGACAGUGACUGUGAGGUCCUGGGAGAAGAUACAUAUGAGCGGACACUGAUUGUUGACGGGGAAAGUGCCACUAUUAUACUCCUGGACAUGUGGGAAAACAAGGGGGAGAAUGAAUGGCUCCAAGACCACUGCAUGCAAGUCGGGGAUGCCUACCUGAUUGUGUACUCCAUCACAGACCGAGCCAGCUUCGAGAAGGCCUCUGAACUGCGAAUCCAGCUUCGCAGGGCCCGACAAACAGAGGAUAUUCCUAUAAUCUUGGUUGGCAACAAAAGUGACCUUGUACGGUGCCGGGAAGUAUCUGUAUCAGAAGGGAGAGCAUGUGCUGUGGUGUUUGACUGCAAGUUCAUUGAAACUUCUGCGGCUGUCCAGCACAACGUGAAGGAGCUGUUUGAGGGCAUUGUGCGGCAGGUCCGCCUUCGGCGAGACAGCAAGGAGAAGAAUGAGCGGCGGCUGGCCUACCAGAAGAGGAGGGAGAGCAUCCCCAGGAAAGCCAGGCGCUUCUGGGGCAAGAUCGUGGCCAAGAAUAACAAGAACAUGGCCUUCAAACUCAAGUCCAAAUCUUGUCAUGACCUCUCUGUGCUCUAGGCUCCCAGAGUCACCUAGAUGUCCUGCAGAUGGACAUCAUCGAAGGCCACCAGGACUGAUAAUCUAUAUUAGAUUGCAUUCUUACAUAUUGUUAGAUCUGGCUUCCCCCAUUGCAGCUGGGAAUUAAUAUGCUAGCCUCAUGGACAACAAAAAUGCAUGGGAAAUGUAAGAUCUUUGUAAAGAGUCAGUAUUUAUUUAUAGGUAACGUCUGACCUUGCCGCUUGAACAACAAGGCUCAUUAGAGGAUCUGUUUGGUAUUUACUCUCUCCUUUGGAUAGUAGACAGUUGAAACCCACAAGAGAUACCCAUCAGUGGCUGAAGAACCAACCCUUUACCAUGAACAUUCUGAUAGAUGAAUUGGGGUCAUAAAUAUAGGAAGGUUGUCAAAGGGUUCCCUCAAAGGAGGGAGAAUUUCUUUCUCUGUGCUUUCAUGGAGCUAGGUUUCUAAAUGAACUCACCAUGGUCAUGACUAUUAUUACUCCAUCAAACUGUGAAAAGAAAUGAUGGACCUUCCUGGAAACUAAAGCUUAGCAGUUUUUGUUCAGUGACCACUGUUGGGGAUCCAGAAGUUUGCAGAAACGGGGAUGAGAGAUACAUCACUGUGGGUUCAAAAAUCUUAUCUUCUAUGUCCUGGUAUCUUUUAUUUUGGGAGAAUUAUUUUACUCAACUUCUACAUAGUCCAGUCACCAUUUGUUUCAUUAUAUUGUUUUAAGUCAUAGUAACACCAUCAAAAUAUUUUAAAAUCAGACUGAGUGCAAAUGCCAAUUUUGUAAACAUAAUAAAAAAAAAAUCUCCAAUUUUAUAUAACAUGAAACACGAACACUUCUGAAACUUUGGGUUGACUCUUGUAUGCCACAGCUCUGCUCUAUUUAUUAUUAUUUUGCAAAUAUCAAUCAUUUUAACAUUUGAUAAAGUAUAUUUAUGAACAUAUUUCUUAAGAAUGUCCAUUUUAUUACUAUUUUCUAUAUUUUUCAGAAUAUGCAAGUUUUUACCUACAUGUCUUAUAAUAAAAGAAAAUUGUGGAAAAAA